AUGAAGACGCCAAUUGCUGUUGUCGGGACUGCCUGCCGAUUUCCAGGCGAUGUAGCGUCGCCUUCGCAGCUUUGGGAGCUAUUAUCCAACCCUAAGGAUGUCUUGAGGGAUCUAGAUCCUGAACGAUUAAACCUCUCCGGCUUUCACCAUCAGCAUGGGGAGCAUCAUGGCGCUACAGAUGUCCCGAAUAAGUCCUACGUACUGGACGACGAUGUUCAUCACUUUGAUGCUGCCUUCUUCAACAUCAGUGCGGCUGAGGCAGAGGCAAUGGAUCCACAACAACGGCUCUUACUCGAGACGACAUACGAGGCGCUCGAAGCUGCGGGAUAUACAUUGAAACAGAUGCGCGGCUCGUCCACAUCGGUCUUUGUUGGCGCGAUGACUUCGGACUAUCAUGACAUUCAAGCUCGGGAUUUGGACACAAUCAGCCGAUGGCAUGCAACGGGCACAUCGCCGAGUAUUCUCUCAAACCGUGUCUCGUACUUCUUCGACCUGAGAGGGCCAUCAAUGACUAUCAAUACUGCAUGUUCCAGCUCACUGGUGGCAUUGCACCAAGCGGUCCAGAGCCUCCGCAACGGCGAUUGCACGACAGCAAUUGUAGGUGGCGUCAACCUCUUGCUCGACCCUGAGACCUACAUCAGUCACUCAAACCUACACAUGCUGUCUCCAACAUCAAGAUGUCGCAUGUGGGAUAGGGAUGCUGACGGGUACGCCCGAGGCGAAGGGUGCGCUGCCGUCGUGAUCAAGACCCUGGAUCAGGCGCUGAAAGAUGGCGACGAUGUAGAGUGCAUCAUUCGGCAGACCGCGGUCAACUCUGACGGCCGAUCCGCAGGAAUUACCAUGCCCAAUUCGGAGGCCCAGGCGACGUUAAUCCGCCAGACCUAUGAACGCUGUGGGCUGGAUCCGGUUCGGGACCGAUGCCAAUAUUUCGAAUGCCAUGGGACUGGAACACAGGCUGGAGAUCCCGUAGAGGCACAGGCAAUCCAGCAGACAUUCUACCCAAAGAGCGUCGUGUUUAGCCCAGAGGACAAACUGUAUGUGGGAAGUAUCAAGACCCUAAUCGGCCACCUGGAGGGUUGUGCGGGUCUCGCGGGCGUGAUGAAAGCUAUUCUGUGCAUCAAGAAUAGGACCAUCACGCCAAACAUGCUUUUUGACAAUCUCAAUCCAAAUAUCGCUCCAUUCUACGACCAUCUCAGUGUUCCAACAAGCACUAUGCCAUGGCCAUCCGUUGCCCCUGGCUGUCCGUUGAGGGCGAGCGUGAAUUCCUUCGGUUUUGGAGGGACCAACGCUCAUGCCAUCAUUGAGAGCUACGUUCCACACCAAUCGCAAAAACAAGUCGGUUACUGCAAAGAGUCGAUGCAUAAGAAAGACGUCAUGCCGGGCCCAUUCGUAUUCUCAGCACACACUCAGGAUUCCCUAUACUCGAACAUCGAGCAAAUAGCCCGAUAUGUCAAAAACAACGAAGCAUUGGACCUGGGUGAUUUGGCCUGGACCCUCGCCAAAAGAACCGCCUUACCCUUCAAGGUCUCCAUCACUGCAUUAAGCAGAGAGGAGCUUGUCGGGGAUUUAGACAAGGUUGUUGAGGAAUACAAAGCUAACAAAGGGAGCGAACAUAUCCCUUUUCCACGGAAGUAUGCACCCGAACCACAAUGGAUCAUGGGCAUUUUCACAGGACAAGGCGCACAAUGGGCUCAAAUGGGGCACGACAUCCUACGUGUGUCUCCGAUCUUCCGCAAGUCUAUCGAGCGGUGUGAGCGUGCUCUAGCAAACCUUCGUGACGGCCCCUCGUGGUCCCUUCAGGUAGAGCUUCUGGCAGACAAACCCUCGUCACGCCUCUCUAAUCCAGCAGUAAGUCAGCCGAUAACAACGGCAAUUGAAAUAGCCGUCUACGAUCUUCUUUGUGCGUGUGGAAUCAGUCUCGAUGCGGUUGUUGGCCACUCAUCCGGCGAAAUAGUGGCCGCCUAUGCGCUUGAUAUCAUUUCGGCAGAGGAUGCCAUGAAGAUAGCCUAUUACCGUGGGUUGCACACUAAGCCGGUUCAAUCAGGUGGCAUGCUAGCCGUUGGUCUUGCAUUCCCCGACGCGAGUGAAUUGUGUUCUCAACCAUCUUUUUCUGGGAAAAUCGUGGUGGCAGCAAGCAAUGGGCCCGCCAGCACGACGUUAUCGGGCGAUUACGAUACAAUCCUCGAAGCCAAGGCACUUCUAGACCGUAAGAAAAUAUUCGCAAGGGUGUUACAGGUUGAUGUGGCGUACCACUCACACCAUAUGGUGCCCUGUAGUGCAGCAUAUCUAGAAUCCUUGAAGGCAUGCAACAUCCAAGUGCGAACACCCAGGAGCGGCUGCACAUGGAUUUCAAGCGUGACAGGGAGCAGUGCAAUACUGAAAAAAGAUAUCCAAAGGUUCGCCGAUAUUUACUGGGUCGAUAACAUGGUCAAACCUGUCCUCUUCUCUCAGGCACUGGAGAGGUCAAUUAGUGACGGCCAAAAGCUCGGUGCGUGUAUCGAGAUCGGACCUCAUCCGGCUCUCCGUGGUCCAGUCUUGGAUACGUUGAAGCCCAAAGUGAGUUCAGGUGUUCUUUAUACCUCGUUACUUCACAGAGGGCAAAAUGAUCUCAAGGCUGCCUCGACCGCCGUCGGUUGCCUCUGGGAACUGAUGUCUGAACGUUUGGACCUUGGGCAGUUUCUCCAAGCUUUUGGAAAGCAACCCUUGCAACUGACAAAAGGAUUACCAGCAUACUCCUGGGACCAUAGGAAGAGAUACUGGAGAGAGUCUCGCGUGUCCCGAAGAUACCGUCUUGGUGGUACGCAAUUGCACCCGCUAUUGGGCCGGCGAUCUACCAGCGAAUUAACAAACGAGAUGUGUUGGAGGAAUAUUCUGCACUUGGAGGAGAUGCCUUGGGCCCAAGGACACAAGCACGAAGGCCAAGAGUUGCUUCUAGCUGCCUUUUACUUUUCUUCUCUGGUAGCAGCUGCUAGCUCUGCGGCUGCAAGCCAAUGCCUUGCGUUACUCGAGGUCAAUAAUUUCGUUGUCAUAGAACCAUUAAUCUUGGAAGAACAUAGUCAUGGGAUAGAAUACAUCACGACAGUACGAUUCCAUGACAAAAAUUCCGAGAAAAUGUCGGAUGCCAGACUCGAUGCCGAAGCUUCCUGCCAUGCGUGCCAUAGUGACGGAUCAACUUUAACCAAGUUAUGCACUGCACGCCUAACACUUUAUCUUAGCGAAGCUCUCCGUGAUGGUGAUGACCAGUUACCCCCAAGGGAAAAGCGGCACCGCCUUCUAGCACCUGUAGAUGUCGCUGAUCUGUACCACUCAUUUGAACAAGCUGGCAUUAGCUAUUCCGGACCCUUUCGAAGCAUAACCUCGAUCGAGCGCUCCCUGGACCAAGCCACUGCUUCUGCAUCUUGGGCUGCCGAUACAAUUAUCUCCGGAUCCCUACUUCACCCGGCUAUGCUAGAGGCAUCAUUCCAGGCUAUGAUGUGUGCCUUUGCCUCGCCGUUCAGCAAGGGAAUGUGGACUUCGUUUCACGCAAAAGAGAUUCGUCGAGCUCUUGUUAAUCCUAACCUUGCUUUGAAGAAUUUUUCAUGCGAAAUCGACGCAUUUGUGACUGCAGUAGACAAGGGUGAAAUAGAAGGCGACGUGUCGUUGUACAAUCCAGAUGGAAACACUAUGGUGCAAAUCGAGGGCUUGGUCAUGAAGAGUGCCCCUCAAACCGACACUUCAAGUGACCGUAACAUGUUCGCACACGUGGUGUGGGAGAGCGACCCUUUUGGGUAUUCGUUGGUAUCUUCCUAUCACAGCCUAGAGGAGGAGGUGCUGGCGAGAGAUGCGGCAGAUAUGAUCGCCUUAUACUAUUUUCGAAAAACACUGGAUGAGAUUGAUCCACUCGAAUCUGCAAGGUUUAUGCCUCACCACCAGCUCUUGUACCGUGAGAUUAGCCGCAUUGCUGUUGAUGGCAAGGGCUCUGAGUACUCUAUUGUUCAGCCAAAUCAGUCCCAAAUGUCUGAGGAGAGCAUCCUGGCAAUGGUCGACAAGUCUGCAGGGAUCGUGGAUCUUCAGUCAAUCCAUUCACUCGGUAAGGCCUUGCCAGCGAUCCUGCGAGGAGAAGUAGACCCUCUUGACAUGCCGAAUGGGGCUGGCAUCCUCGAGCGCUUAUCUCAUACUGAUGGAAUCCUGUCUGCACUGAACAGAGACAUCUGUUGUAUUGUCAAGCGUAUUGUACACAAGCAUCCCCACAUGGAGGUCCUGGAGCUUGGUGCUGGCACCGGUGUGGUCACCCAGCGAAUACUGGAAGCUCUUGAUGACAAGUAUACUUCUUAUUGCUUGAGCAGCGCGACUCCAGAAUUGCUCAACCAGACAGUGGGCAGGCUCUCAACUCAGCACCGCAACCUAGUUUUCAAGGUGAUUGAUCUGACCACUGUCGUUGCUGCUGAAUGUGGCAGUGACAAGUAUGACAUGGUAAUCGCUGCCAAUCCGCUCCAUGCAACCGAAGAAUCCACCAGCCUCUUCGAAAGUUGCCGUGCAAUGCUAAAGCCCGGUGGUUACUUUUGGUGGCAAGGGUACGACCAAGAUGCCCAGGCUUGGCUGGACAUGUCAUCCGUUAGAUGCGACGCACAGCUCCGCUCUACGGGUUUUUCCGGAAUCGACCAUAUCUUUCAUGGUUCGAUGCAUCCAGAUGUGGGUGGUCUCUCAGUAUUGGUCACACAGGCAGUGGAUGAUACUGUGGUGAUGCUUCGAGAGCCGAUGAAUUCGACCGGCCUGGCGCCGCUUACUGAGACUGUGGUGUUCCUUGGGGGCAAGACACUGCUAGUAUCACGCCUUCUCCAUAGUAUUCAGAGAAUUCUCGCUGCAUCAGGUACUGCAACCGCAAUAGUGAGAGACAUUGACCAAUUGGACCUGAAGGGCCUCACGAAGGAACAUUCAAUCAUCUCCCUGGUGGAGCUUGACGAGCCAUUCUUCUCCAGAGGCCUCUUCCACGAAAGGCUCCUGGCCUUCAAAGAGCUUGUGGAAAGGUCCAAGCACGUCCUUUGGCUGACCGCUGGACAUAUGUCAAGUACAAGUGUGGCGGUUGGAAGAGCGAUGAGAUCAAAAGAGGGAGACAAUAUCAACCUCCAAUUUCUAGAUUUGUCGACGGUGGAAAACAUGUCGCCUUCCACUGUAGUUGAGGUCUUCCUACGCCUCACAUGGUCUUUCGUGCCGGCGUUGACGGACGGGCAAACACUUUGGACAAAUGAACCCGAAUUACACUGGGACGGAUGCACGCUACGUAUUCCACGACUGGUUCGGGAUCACAGGCGAAAUAAACGAUACAAUUCCAGGCAUCGGGAACUUCGUCCAACUGCUUAUCCCUCCCAGAAACCAGUGCUUGUCCCGGCAAUGAGCCAGGUUUCGGCCAGCUCGGUACAUGUUCAGGUCAGAUAUUCCUUCCUUCUUUGCACGGAUAUGUAUCUCUGGCUUGGAAGUCGUGUCGAUGGAAAGGGAAAUGUUGUCGGCAUUUCUGAGCAUAUCUCAUCAGUUGUCCAAGUAAGGCCUGAGAAUGUUCAUAAUCUAGUUGACGGAGACGACUUAAGCCCAGACGCUUUGCGAGCUACUGCUAGCUUCAGUUUAGCAAACCUGCUGUUGAAGUCACUAUCUGGACCUAUACUUCUUUAUGAGCCUGAUGAGUUACUUGCGGCUGCUGUCGAGCAAGCGCGCGAGGCUCAGCACACUGUGUAUUUUAUCACUUCGAAGUGCACCGAUUCAAAGAAAGGGUGGAUAGCAGUCCACCCUCAUGCAUCGCGGCGCAUGAUUGAGCGAGCGCUGCCGAGAGAUGUGUCGGUGUUUGUCGAUUUAUCUUCCUCUUGCGACGAUCAUGUAGUGACUAUACUUCGCAAUAUCUAUUCUGAAGCUCGGAUCCAGACUGUGGAAUUAUAUCGUCGUGUAUUAUUUGCAAACCUUGGACAGCUUAUCGCAGAUACCUAUGCUCAAGCUUGUACCAGGUUGGCGACUCUUCCACGCGUGGUCCCGGAAGUUACUUCUUUAGCAGAGACCCCAUCAAACAGUCCAUCGGUCACUUGUCCCAAGGUGGUGGACUGGACAAGCCUUGCUCCAAUAGCGAGCCAGAGUGAGGUCCUAGGGGCCACAACCAUGUUCUCCUCGAGCGGAACCUACUGGAUGAUUGAUAUGGCAACACCGCUUGGAUUGUCAAUUCUGACAUGGAUGGCGAGAAACGGGGCACGGACAUUUGUUCUUGCCAGCAGAAACCCGCGCGUACACGAGGCUUGGCUCGAGGAAAUGUCUCGUCUGGGAGCUACUGUGAAGCUCUUGAAGAUGGAUGCUUCAAACAAAAAGUCCGUUCUGUCGGCUUUCGCUAAAAUCAAGGAGAUUUUACCACCCAUUGUCGGUGUCUGCUAUGCUCCCUUGGCUCUGUCCGACGAAGGGUUUGAAUAUACUAUCGAAGACGAGCGAGGUCUUGUCACGAGUGCAAAAAUCAACACAGCAACGUAUCUCGACGAAUUGUUCCCGGAACCAACACUAAACUUCUUCGUGAUAUUGACAUCCCUUGUCUCUGUUAUCGGAACUCCAAAGCAGGCAGAAUAUCAUGCUUCAGCGCUGUUCAUGACCGGUCUCAUUCAACAGCGUAGGCAGAGAGGCCUGGUGGGGUCUAUAUUAGCCCUGGGUAUGGUUGUCGAUGCUGGAUACUUUGCCAAGCAAGGCAGGAAGGUGAUUCAGCGCAUGAUGCACGAUGGACAUGCGCCUCUGUGCGAGUCCGAUUUACAUCACGCCUUUGGUGAAGUGGUAGCUGCUGGAGCACCUGGGUCCCAAGAGAAUCCCGAGAUAUUCAUUGGCCUGCAGAUGAUAGACCGCCAGAUUGACCAGGAUGGUGAAUCCUCGUGGCCCUCAAAUCCUCUGCUUUCUCACUUCACUACCUAUGGCGCUCGAGCCAAACAGGGGCAAUCUGUGAAACAGGAGGAUUCAUCCUCCAUCCUUCCCCCUGAGCAUCAGCCUCAAGAAUCGGAGCCAAGACAAAAUGCAUAUGAGACGCUGCUGGAGCGUUUAUCGAAGAAGGUCGAGUCAAUGCUCCGGCUUCCACCUCAAACAUUGGAUGUGCAUACCCCACUUCUGGACCUGGGUUGUGACUCACUUUUGGCUGUGGAUAUUCAGACAUGGUUUACAAAAGAGCUUGAUAUCUACAUUGCUCCCAUGGAUGCACUACAAGGCACUGUCGCAGGGUUGUGCGAGAAAGCCAUCCCACAGCCUGAUGCUCAAGUUCUAGUGCCGCAGAAGGAAGACCAGCCUGCCGACGAGAUCGAUUUCACAGACCUCGCGACAACUGCAUCCAACUCGGAACACAACAGCUCAGUACAAGACUUAUCGCUCGAUAUCAUUAGUUCAGAGUCAUCAUGUGUCCUAUGCCCUUCUGACUCUGGAUUUGAACAGGGACAAAGUGUCAUAGAGCCAAGGUUUACACGGGUUGAGAAGAUGUCUCCUCAUCAAUCGCAGAUCUGGUUCGCCGGCCAUUGGAUGAAGGACCCUAGCCAGUACAACGUCGUCAUAUCUUACAAUCUUCAAGGGAACUUUAUGCUCGAGAAGUUCAAAGGAGCCCUGGAACAGGCCGUCUCCCGGCACGAGUCCGUACGGACUGCCUUCUUUUCGGAUCCCAACAGUGGCGACCUUCUUCAGGGUGUCUUGAAAAUGCCACCACCCUUCUUCGAGCAUGUCACGGCUUCUGGCGCUGCCUCUGUGUCAAGGGAGUUUGACAAACUUGCGUCUCAUCAAUGGCGGCUGGAGCAAGGUGAAGUCAUGCGCGUUACAGUGGUGUCUGUUGGACAGGACCAGCACACGGUCAUAUUUGGAUACCAUCACAUUGUCAUGGACGGAGCUAGCUGGUCUACAUUCCUACAUGAUUUGAAGUGUUUCUAUGAGGGGAGCCCACCACGCGAGGUUGCGCAAUACGUUGACUAUUCGCUGAUGCUGAAUCGCGACAUCGAGAAUGGAACCUUUGCAAAGGAGCUAGAGUACUGGAAAUGUGAGCUUUCACCACCUCCAGAAGUGAUGCCUGUCCUUCCUCUCGCCAAGGAGAAGACCCGGGCGCCAACAGAUAAUUUCAAGGUGCACACAGCGACGCGGCAUGUUAGCAUCGAAGUCGCGGACAGGAUCAAACAAGCGAGUCGCAGUCUCCGAGGCACGCCGUUUCAUUUCUACCUUGCAACAUUGCAGGUCUUCCUUGCCGGAUUGCUCAAGGUCGAAAAUCUAUGCAUCGGUAUGAGCGACGCGAAUCGCAAACACCAGCAGUUCAUCGGCACGGUCGGCUAUUUUCUGAACAUGUUGCCUCUCAGGUUCCACGUCCAGCAAACGGACAGCUUUGCCCAAGUAUUCCAGAAGACAUCUACGAAGGUUCUCACUGCGAUUUCGAAUUCCUCAGUUCCCUCCAACUUGGUCGUGGACGCGCUCAAUAUCCCGCGAGCGUCGAAUGUCACGCCUCUCUUUCAGGUUGCCAUAAACUACCGCGUAGGGGAGAUUACGAGAAUGUCGGUUGAUGACUUUGACCUCAAUUACGAUAGAAGUGUGAUGGGCAACGCACCAUAUGAUAUGUCCUUCCACGUCACGCCGUGUGCGAACGGCUCCUGUAUUGUGGAACUUAACUGUCGUGAUUAUUUGUAUUCACCCCAAGCCACGGAAUGGAUCAUGGAUGAAUACAUCCAGUUACUUGAGAUCCUAUCCUCGGAUCCUUCGCAGUCUAUUCAGGGCAGUCUUUCCUCUGCAUCUCCGAUCAAUGAGGAUGGUCUCUCUGUUCAACGCGGUCCACGGCUGGGCCACGGCUGGCCUGAAACUCUGUCUCAAAGGUUCCAAAAUAUGACUGAUCAAUAUGGCGACAGGAUCGCCGUCACUGAUGAGACAGGAGAAUUCACCUACUUGCAACUGAAUGAGCGUAGCACCCUUAUCGGAGAAGCUGUCCUCCAGAGGGGAGUCACAUCCGGAGACAAAGUCGCAGUCUUGUGCCACCCGUCAGUCAGCUUAGUGGCGAGCAUGCUCGCGGUUCUCCACGUUGGAGCUGUUUACGUGCCCCUUGAUCUGAGCCUCCCCUCAGCAAGACAUAGGGCUAUGAUCGAGGCUUCUGCAGUGAAAGCGAUCAUUUGCUCGUCUUCCACAGCCCAGGAAGCCUCGGAACUAGGGGUUGACACCGUCAUCAACGCGUCUGAAGUGGUUGGCACUCGAGUCUCGUCCAUGAGAACGUUCAAAGACGUCCCAAAUGGCGGUUCCCUGUCCAUCUUACUUUACACAAGCGGCUCAACGGGACAGCCCAAGGGAGUCUGUCUGCCUCAAGGUGGUUUCAUCAACUACCUUGCCGCCAAGCAGAAAGAGCUCGGUCUGGAUAGCUCGACAGUGGUCCUACAGCAAAGCUCCCUAGGAUUCGACAUGGGCCUCGCACAGACUCUCAAUGCUAUUAUGAACGGUGGCAAGCUUGUCAUUGUACCUCAGGAAAUUCGAAGGGAUUCGGUCGAGAUUGCAAAGAUCAUCCGCGACCACAAGAUUAGCUUCACUCUAGCUACUCCAUCCGAGUACCUUGUCAUGCUCCAGCACGGUCGCAAAUACCUCCAUGACUACACUGGCUGGCGGCACGCGUGUCUGGGUGGUGAGCCUUUCACGGACCAGCUCAAACGGGAGUUCGCUCGACUGGGAGCGAACUGCCCUGUGGUGCAGGACUCCUACGGUGUGACGGAGAUAUCCGCGUGUACGACGUUUGAGACGAUGUCUGCAUCACAACUUGAAGGAGCACGCAGCGUUGGAAGAACAAUCGCAAACACCUCUCUGUACAUAGUGGACGCAGACUGCAACCUCGUUCCCACUGGAGAGGUAGGGGAAAUUUGUGUCAGCGGUGCCGGGAUUGCAUUGGGGUACCUGAAUGAGGAGCAGACCAGGUUGAAAUUCGUGGACGAUCCAUAUGCUCUACCCGAAGAUAUAGCCAGAGGAUGGACCCGAAUGUACCGUACCGGUGACAAAGCCCAAUUGCUUGAGGAUAAUUCUCUAAUUCUCCUGGGUCGGAUGGACGGAAACACAGAGAUUAAGCUUCGCGGACUUCGUAUUGAUCUCGAAGACGUGGCUUCCACAAUGGUAAACUGCCACUCGAAUCUGCUCUCGUCAGCGAUUGUGUGUGUCAAGAGCCAAGGGGAUUCAGAAUGUCUUGUCGCAUUUGUUGCCCUGAACCCUGGACAAACUGCUAGUCCUGCCGAGCUACAGCAUCUCGCCAGCAAUCUUCCCUUGCCACAGUACAUGCACCCUGCAGCAGUCAUCUGUCUGAACGAGCUACCCCGAAAUGCGAAUGGAAAGAUUGAUCGAAAACAGAUAGAGGCCAUGCCAUGGACGGCGCCAAUCACCACGGCCGAACCUGCAAAACGACUAACCUUGGACGAAGGUGAGCUCAAGCUUCUUUGGCAGAAUCUCCUUCCUGGUAAGCAAAUCCAGCCUGAGUCUGACUUUUUCCUCCUUGGGGGAAAUUCUCUACUGCUGGUCAAAUUGCAAGGCGCUAUCCGCACCUCCAUCGGCGUUUCGCUCACGCUUCGGGAGCUGUACGGUGCCAGUACACUGGCACUGAUGGCGCUCAAAGUCAAGGCGCGAAAAGCCGAAGCACCUUCAACGUCGAUCAACUGGCUGGCGGAAACAGCAAUACCGCAGAAUAUCCUCGAGCAUGUGGUCCCAACGCCAAACACCAUGCCACCCAAAAAUUAUCAAGGAUCAGGCUGUGAAAUCCUCCUAACUGGGUCGACAAGUUUUCUUGGGAGGGUCUUGGUGCAGGUUCUCGUCCAGAUGCCCGAAGUGCACGGAGUGCAUUGCAUCGCCGUGGAAAAGGAGCAAGAACACGUGCUGCCCACCAGUGACAAAAUAUCCCUGUAUUACGGCACCCUUCUUGAUCCAAUGCUCGGUUUGUCUACCACAGAAUGGGCGUCCCUGCAGUCCUGCAUCGACGUAGUGAUCCACGGCGGUUCCAACGGUCACUGUCUCAACACUUACAACUCCUUGAAAAGCCCGAACCUUGGCUCUACCCAUCGCCUUGCCCAAUUUGCCCUACAGUCCCAGAUUCCGCUACACUAUAUCUCUUCGGGGCGAGUCAUUCUCCAGUCCGGAAAGACAUCCCUCGGGCCCGUCUCCGUGUCUAUGCACCCUCCUCCCCUCGACGGGUCCGACGGCCUCACCGCAACAAAAUGGGCAAGCGAGGUGUUCCUCGAGCGUUUCACCGAGCAGACCGGUGCAAACAUCAGUAUCCACCGCCCCUGCACGCCAAUCGGCGAUAAAGCUCCUGCCUCUGACGCACUGAACUCUCUCCUACGCUUCUCUGCCACUCUCGGUGCGACACCCCGCCUGACAAGAAUGGAGGGAUACUUGGAUUUUCAGAAAGUAGAGAUCGUCGCUGAGGAAAUCGCCACCCUAGUGACCUCAAGGUUCACCAGACCCUCCACUCCUCAAUCGUUUACAACAUCCGGAGUGUCCUUUUUCCAUCACUCCAGCAAGGUCAAGAUUCCCGUGAAGAGCUUCAGAGAAUACAUGGAGAAAGUACACGGUCGACCGUUCCAAGAGCUCAAUUUGCGGGAUUGGAGCUCUCUGGCACUGGAACGAGGCAUUGAACCCCUUAUUCCGAGCUUUUUGGAAGCCGUGGACGACAACCAGGACACAGUGCGAUAUCCGUAUCUGGGUGAAUGA